AGUGAAAAUUGAAAAGACGAAAAGAUGGCGUUGCUGCCCUCUCGGAGCGAGGUCCUCUCACUCUUCCGGUCAUUUCUCAGGACGGCGCGUGAAUACACAGACUAUAACAUGAGGAAGUAUGUCAAGCGCCGCACAAUCGAUGCCUUCCGCCACAAUUAUCACCUCUCGGACCCGUCGGCGACGGUCGCAGCCUUCACCGAUGGAAAGUCACAUCUCGGCGUGGCUAAGCGACAGGCCGUCGUCUACUCACUUUACGCGCCUAGGGUGACGAGCGUCAUGGAAAUCAAUCACCCGUGAAUCAUUAAUUUCAUAAAUUUCAUUCAAAGCAGGGAAUUGGUGAAAGAACCGGGCGACAUGAAGAAAUUGAGGAGUAGCAUCUUUACCUUGAGAAGACAGGUGAACGAAAUUUAUAAUGUAUUGGAUAGAUUGAAAUACAACGGCUUUUUCAUGAGAAUACAUAAACAUGUAAUGAAUUAUUCUGCUUGCUGAUUUCAGAAAUAAUUUUAUUAGAGCUGGU